CCUCGGACUACUCCCAUUCUCAAAGCAGUACAUCGACAUGAACCUCUCCGUAGUUUGUUUGCGUUCAUCGGCUGUAUGUAUGAAUUUCGUGGUGUUCGCAGGUUACAAUAAAGCAGAUAAUUUUUCAAUUAAAGUUGACUUAAGAUUGGAAUCGUAGUGUAGUGUGCGAAAACGAUUAAUCGCCGGAUACGGAAUCCAUAACUGUUUAAUGGAUCCGACUAUCGGUUGGUAUCAACCGGAGCAGUUCGGCCCUGCUAAGGACUUAUGGUUACACAUUUGGGAAGCUGAGAAAGGUCUCGAUAUCUUAACCCUGAAGAACGAUUCGUCGUCGAAUGUGAUGGGCGUUAAAAUGCAACAGGAUUUUAUAGCUUUCGACUCGGUGAAUAAUCGUACGGGAGAUCGUGGUCAGCAAAAUACUUGCAAUAGUUAUUAUAACCCAUCACGUAGGAAAGGUGAUAAUCGUGCUAGUACCUACGGCAUGAACUACAAUUAUGAUGCCUUGGUCGGAGAAUACGGUGGAUGCCCGUGGCGUGUGCCUAAUAAACAUUAUUCUAAAGGAGUUAUUGGGUUACACGAAGAAAUAGAAGAUUUCUUUUCAUAUAUGUGUCCAUCCAAUGAAGAACAUAAUUUAAGAGUACGAGUGGUUAAACGUAUAGAACAAGUAAUAUAUGAUCUUUGGCCGGAUUCGAAAGUUGAAGUAUUUGGAAGUUUUCGUACUGGUCUAUAUUUACCCACUAGUGACAUAGAUUUAGUUGUAAUUGGAAUGUGGACAAAUCUUCCACUACGUACAUUGGAACGUGCUUUAUUAGAUCAAAAUAUCGCUGAACCAUCUUCUUUAAAAGUUUUGGAUAAGGCCAGUGUUCCAAUUGUCAAACUUACCGAUAAAGAGACAGAAAUUAAAAUAGACAUUAGUUUUAAUAUGAAUAAUGGUGUAAAAUCAGCAGAAUUGAUAAAUUCUUUUAAAAGACGGUUUCCUGUAUUAGAAAAGCUUGUUAUGGUACUGAAACAAUUUUUAUUACAAAGAGAUCUUAAUGAAGUAUUUACUGGUGGCAUUUCUUCAUACAGUUUAAUACUUAUGACCAUCAGUUUUCUGCAAUUACAUCCUAGACAAAAUGCUUAUUGUUCAAGUGCUAAUUUGGGAGUAUUAUUGAUUGAAUUUUUGGAACUCUAUGGUAGGAAAUUCAAUUAUGUAAAAACAGGCAUUCGAGUAAAAGAUGGUGGUACUUACAUAUCUAAAGAAGAGGUUCAACGAGACAUGAUAGAUGGACAUCGACCUUCUUUGUUAUGCAUAGAAGAUCCACUUACACCUGGUAACGAUAUAGGUCGUAGUAGUUAUGGUGCUCUGUAUGUAAAAGAUGCAUUCGAUUGGGCGUAUUAUGUUCUUUCUCAAGCAGUCAGUCCUUUAAAUAUUCUAGUUAAUGAUGCAAAUAAAGUAAGUAUAUUGGGAAGAAUAAUUCGUGUGACAGAUGAGGUAAUAGAGUAUCGUAGAUGGAUUAAAGAAACAUUCCCAGUACCACUGAGUGAAGUGGACUCUCUGUCUAGCUCAACUGGAUCUGAUGCAUCCACUCUCUCAGCACCAGCUAGUGACACGGAUUCAGAAUGUAGCCGUGGAAAUUCACCAAAUACAGGUGGAAAAGGAGAAGAAAAUGCUAAAGAGCGGCAUGUAUUUAACAAUCAACAACCUCAUCAUCAUUCUCAAUGGAAGAAACCUUUUAAAACAACUACUCACUUAAAUCAUCAGCACAGUUCUAGAGGAAAUUAUCGUGGAAUAAAUAAUAAUAUAGGUGGACAAAAUAAAAUAAAACAUAAUCUUCACAGUAAUGGUAGUCAUAACAAUAGCACUAGUCACAGUCCAAAUUCAAGACCACACACAUUGAAGAGAAAGAAACAAUGCGUAACACACACACAGCGUGGUCCUGGAGAUUGUGUACGGUGAUGAAUUGUGCAAAGUAAUUUUGAACAAUGUUAAAAUAUCACUUAAGACACGAGUUUAAUAUUAUGAUCGUGUGAUAAAGCGACAGCAAAUCAUUUUUGUCACAUAUUAACUAAAUCAUUCUGUCGCGACAUCAUCCUUGUAAGUUUUCUCCAUUCAGUCUGCAGAAGGGGUUAAUAUUUACAAUUAAGCAUUUGCAAUUCGAAUACGAUAUUAUUCUUGACAGUACAAAAGAUACCCCUGAAGUAGCUAUAUUUUUCAUUUUCCAAGAAUAUAUUUCACUCUGUACGAGAGCUUGUGUACCAAAGACGCGCGUACAGAAUUGUAAUAUAAUUCAAAUUAGGCUAGGUUAAAUUUUGUUUGCAUUAAUGCACAUAUUGCACAUAAAGUAAGGAAAAAAUGUAACAAUAUUUUGUUAAAUAUUGUUUUUAGCAUUACACACUUAUUGCCACCUUUGAAUAGCAAUUGUGUUCAUACCCAGAUAAAAACUCAUUGUAAUACAUUUAUAUAUAAUACGAUUGAUAUUUCUGAGUAUUAGUUGCGGUACAUUUUUCUUAAGAAUUUCACAAAACUGUAAAACUUGCUCUUGUAGUUAUGAUAAAGACUUAGUUUUCUAUAUGAAACUAUAUUCUUAUAAUAAGAGGGUGAGAGAAAAAAAAAUGGUGAUAUUGGGACUUACCUAAUGUAAAUAUUGUAAUAUACAUAAUCAAACAUAGAAAAAUAAGUCUAACAGUUAUCUACUAAACUUUUUUAUUUUGUAUGUACCUAAAAAAUAGUGUUUGUUACAGUAAUAUUAUCACAGUAAUAUUUAAUAUGCAUGUGAGAGCCACAUUCAUGAAAAAAAAAAGAACUUCUUUUUGUAAUAUAAUUCUGAUAAUAAUAAUUUAGUAUAUUUUUUGGAUUUUAUUGAAAUCAUAGGUUCGUAAAUGGAUAAAAAAAAAUUUUUAUCAAAAUAAUGAAAAAAAAAAAUGUGCAUAACUAUUAUAGCAAUCUGCUUUCAAUUUUUGUAGUAUUUUCUUGAAAACGCAAUUUUUGCAGAUGUAUUUAUUUUGUAUACAGCUUGUCUGAUUUCUUAACAAUGUUUGAUAUCUUUUAUAUCCCCCCAACAAUAUUGUAUUACUCUUCAAUAAAAAGACGGUAUAUGUCAGCACC